AUGACUUCUAUAUUACCAGGAUCGGCUGAACUGCAGGGCAAUGAUUGCACUUGUGAACAUUGCACAGAGACAAAAAGACAUGAACUCAGUCAAAGGAGGAGUAGACGCAAUAUUAAAAGACGUAGAGCCCCUUCCUUUAUUUUUAAUAGAGAUAUGGACAUUGAAGGAUCCAAUUACGAUGUCAUUACCUCUGUCGCAUAUCUAAGUGAAAAAUAUGGUCUAAGGAAAACCCACUAUAUCAGCAAGUUUAUUAGAUGUAUCCAUAGAAAAAUUAAUAGGGAUGUCAGUAGGAUCAGCGACAAAUAUACUGAUCAAUUGAGUCCGUGGGCUAAAUCAAAAUUGUUUCUUUUAUUAGUUACAUUGUCUGAAAGAGGUGGCCCAGAAUACUGGUUAGAUAAAGAUGAGCAUGGUUCUGCUGCUGAGAAAAAAGCUACUGAUAGUAGCAAAGAUCCAAAGAAGAGUACAAAGAAAAAAAAUGAGAGGGACGUUACAAGUGAAGAGCGUUUUCCUACAUUAACUGAAAGAAUCAUUCAACAAAAUAUCAACCAAGACUUCAAUGAAUCGUCGUACGAUGAAAACUAUGUGUUUUCUUCGAUAUGGGCUAACUUUAUGGAAGGCCUAAUCAAUCACUAUCUGGAAAAAAUAAUUGUACCACAUUCUGAGAUGAAAGUCUGCCAACAGUUAUAUAAACCAAUGAUGAAAAUAAUAUCAUUAUACAAUGAAUAUAAUGAAUUGAUGGAGAAAAGUGAACGUAACGGCUUUCUGCCAGUUACUGAAGAGGUGAAUGAGGGUUCAGAUGCUAUAUUAGAUCCAACCUCUAAGGAUAGUGAAAAAAAUGAUAUUGUGACUCAAGAAAGAUUACAAAGAGCUCAGAAAUUGCUAUGGCAAGCACGUCAAGAUAUACCAAAGACAAUAAGCAAAGAGCUUACCCUCUUGUCCGAAAUGUACUCCACGUUAUCAGCAGAUGAACAAGACUACGAGCUGGACGAGUUUGUUUGUUGUGCAGAAGAAUACAUAGAAUUGGAGUUUUUACCAUCGUUACUGAAUGUACUUUUCAAAAAUUGUGGGAACAAGGCCUUUUGGAAGGUUUUAUUAGUUUUGGAACCAUUUUUCUAUUACAUCGAGGACGCAGGUGCUGAUGACGAUGAUGAAGGGAAUGAAAAUACAAGAGUCAUUCAAAAAAAUGACAAUGUAAAGGAAACUUUCAAACCGGAUCCAAGAGUAAUAACGCUAGAAAAGAUUUGUGAAGUUGCAGCAAGACAAAAGUGGAUUUAA